AUGGGGCUCGAUAGGAACCAGCUACUAAAGGUAUAUACCACUCGACUUGUGAAUUCGUUGGUGCCCGAGGAAUUCGGAGAAGAAUAUAUAAACUCCAUCUCCAAUGAGUUGUACAUGCACAUUGUAAACAGACCAGCCGGCAAUGAGCACGACGUCGGCUCGUUCGAGGGCACAUUGUCACAAUUCAAGCGCUUUUUCUUCAGUCAGGGAAGGUCGCAUGAUUGGGUGAGAUUCCAGGAUGUGGUCGACAAGUUGAUGCGAGCCAAGACUGUGGACCAGGUGGAGAAGUACUUGGUGUUCUUCAAUGGAUUGAUGGAGAGCAGCGACUUCAGCGCGAUCCAGUCUUCUCCUUACCGGCAAGCUCCAGGCGAUAGGGUGGGACCAACAGCGGUGACAGCAACUACAACGGGAGGUAGCCCGCUACAAGGAGGUACCUUUUCAGCGAUAGAAGGUGGAAGAAGCUUAGGCAGCUGGCAGGGCCAUGAUUCUGCCGUACAUGCAAGCCCUCCACCACCCAAUGCCACUCUUCAACAGCAUAUAUUGCCUUACUAUACCUCACUAGACGAGCAGACCAUCAUAACGUAUCUAUCUUACACAUUACUAGGGAUAGACUCCAAAAUAUUCACAUUCACACCCACCGGUACCAACAGCUUCUCGGUACAAUUGUCGUCCAGCAUAAAUCAUUCAUACUCGGGGCUCCUCCACAACAUUCUUGAACCAGCAUUGAUCUACAAGAAAUUGUCUCUGGCUGUUUCGAACGACAGUAUCACUAAUUCGUCGUCUUCUCCCAUCAAAACUGCAUUUCUCAGAUCAUUGGAGUUUCAUUUAAACCAGUACACAACGCAAGUAAACAAGAUAUUCCAGUCAACCUCAUCUCAGAGUUCCACUUUGCUUUCGAUAUACCGUCAGUUGAAUCCCCUAACUUCCAAAUUGCGGAUCUUGUAUACUAUCCAUACCAAUUACUUCCCCUUGAAGGGAAGUGAAUUCCUCUCUAAAGUGUAUGCAUUCAGCAAAUUUGGAGACUUGAAUAUCAAACAGUUUGCAACUAGCUUGCUAGUGGAGGUAGCUAAACCUUACUAUGAAAUUUUGGAGACUUGGAUCCUAAAGGGAGAGCUAAUUGAUAAUUCCAACGAAGAAUUCUUCAUUUCAUAUGAUUUUGAAGGUGAUAAUAUAAACGAUAUAAUCCAGUUCAGACCUGAGAGGAUACCGAAUGAGACAUUUCUUAAUUUCAAGAAGGAAUUGGGAGUGAAGAUCUACCAAAUUGGUAAGAUGUUGAUCUUUUUAGAGAAGUACUGUAAGGAACUAGAAUGGGUUAAUGAAUUUGGAAUAAAGUAUGCACAUAGAGUUCGUUCUACACUUCAAAGGAUGACGCCUAACCAAUUCACGUCGCUUAUUCUCGAUCAAUAUAAUGAGCUCUUAGGAUAUUUUACAUUUUUAAUCCAGGGUAAGUAUCAACUUUUCAACCAUUUACAGAACUUCAAAACAUUUUUGCUUAUGAACUCCAAUGAUUUUAUAGAGUCAUUAAUUGAAAAUGGAAUGAAAGUGUUCAACGAGCCUGCUAAUUCAUUGACGACAAGUCAGUUGACCAAGGUUUUGGUAGACUCUAUAAACUCGUCGUCUAUUCGAAACUUGAAUCUUGAGUACCAAGAGAGAUUGGAUGCUAGAAUUCUUAAUCUUAAUAACGGCAAUGGGAAUGGAUCCAUUGGAUGGGAAGUUUUCACUUUAGAGUACAAGAUCAAUGACUUACCCAUUGAGCAUAUUUUAAAUUACAAAAGUGGUCUAUUGGGUUAUUUAAAGAUGUUUAAUUUUCUCUGGAAAUUGAAGAACUUGAACUACUUACUCAAUGCUGGGUACAUUGAAAGUUCAAGGUUGAUGAAAGAUGACUUGAGGAAUUUGAACAGGAGAUACAAUAAGUUGAGAAGAAUUAACGGUGCCAAUACUAGCAUAAGAGAUAAGAAAAUUAUAUGGAUUGUCAAAUCAUUUAGACUGAUUUGUCUCAUUAGAAAUCAAUUCACCAAAUUUUUUAAUGUGUUGAUUAAAUAUUUAUCCAUUGAUGUUAUCGAUGAGUCAUUUAAUGAAAUGAUUACUAAAAAAAUGAAGAAAUCAGAAACAAGGAGAAGAACAAAUAGGGGAGAGAGCACAAACGAGUCGAUUGUGAAACCUACAUCGAGUUUUAUGAAGCAGAUCUCGGCAUCCAUUGAAAGCCAAUACGAGCUUCAAGCCGAAUUUCAAGAUUGUGACUCGGUGGAGCUUACAAUAGAUGAUUUGAUCCACAUACAUACAGCAUACUUGCAAAAAAUCAUUGGGUGCAAAUUGUUGAAUGAAAAUGAAAUUGGUUCAAUUUCUGGAGAAUCAUUGAUUUUACAAAUUUAUGACUUUCUUGAUAUCACAUUCCAUUUCAUAAAGGGAGCAGAAGAGUUUGAAAGUUUGAUAAUAAAGUACAUAUCACUCUUGAGUAUUGAUGAAAGAGGAGAAGAGUAUAUGGAUGAAGACUUCGAUGAGGAUUUGGUUGAAUUGGAGGAAAAUUUGAAAAAUAUCAUGGAUAAGACUUGCCGUGAGUUAUACUUCCAGACCUUUAAACCCAAAUUGGAUUUGUUUACAAGGGACUUGAGAAGUACAUUAGAGCUUAGAGAGUUGAGUAGGUUAUUUUAA